UUUUGUUAGGCACUUAGAAUGGUCUGUAAGAUCGGCGCGGUGGUGGCGGCGGCGGUGGUGGUGCUGCUGGGGGUGGUGGUGGAGGCGGUGGUUGGUGAUGAUAUCUACACAUCACCACACACUCACCAGCCUCACCAUCGCCACGUCCACAUACCGACUCCAGCUGUGUAUAAUCCUCCCAUUCCCUAUGACUUCGGGUACGGCGUGACUGACCCUUACACCGGCACAGACCACGGCCACGUCCAGAACUCCGACGGGCAGGUGGUGAGCGGCUCCUACCAUGUGCUACUGCCAGACGGACGAAGACAGGUGGUGCGCUACACGGCCGAUCAUGUCAACGGCUAUCAGGCACAGGUGUCCUAUGAAGGGGUCGGCCACCAGCUACACCACCGCCGCCGCUAACACACUUACCUGUCCAAAAAGAAGAAAAAGACAGGUGUUAGAUGCGUUACCUGAUCCUCCACACCUGUCCUCUCUCUCUCUCUCUCUCUCUCUCUCUCUCUCUCUCUCUCUCUCUCUCUCUCUCUCUCUCUCUCUCUCUCUCUCAUGUAAACGUAUAUAUAGCUCAGGUAACUUUCUCUCCCCUCCCCUGCUCUUCACCUUUCCUCCUUAAUUAAUUGGAGUGACUCACCUGACUGGCUGGCUGACUGACUUAGUUGAAUUUAACCAAUCAGGUGUUUUAUUAGUCAGUCAGUCAGUCAGUCAGUCAGCCAGGAAGGAAGGGAGAGCGUGUGAUACUGUUGGAACGGAUGUCAAGGGAACGGCCGAGGAAGGAAGGAAGGGAGGGAGAGCUUUUAACAGGAGCUUUCGUAAGUGUAACCUAUCAUGCAUUUCCUUAACCCUAUAUUACGUUUCGAUGGAGUUUAUUUAUACACAACUAAUUUAUUAACAAAACUACAUAUCUAUAUAAUCUUACCUGUAUGUUUAAGGCUUUUGUAUAAUGGUCUACUGUUUGAUUAUGUAAUAUAUUAUGAUGU